AUGUCGAUAUCAAACGAGGCGUUACAGAAGCUGGUGAAGGAGAUUGAGUCGCAGGCUAUGGCGGCACAGCAGCAGAUUAGCCUCGUCCGCACGCAGUUGUCGUCGAAGCAGCGCGAGAUGCGACUGGUCCAGCUCACCCGGAGUGAGAUCUCGACGUUGCCGCCCGACACGGCCGCGUACGAAGGCGUCGGCAAGAUGUUCGUCGCCGUGCCCGUCCCCGAGCUGCAGGAUAAGCUGGGCUCGUCGAUGAAGGAGAUGGAGGGGGAAGUGGAGGCGAUGGGCAAGAGGUUGCAUUACCUCGAGACGACGGCCAAGAACAGCCAAGAGCACAUUGAGCGGAUGCUCAAGGGAAGCGGGGGGAAUAGUUCUGUAGGAUUCUAG